AUGACGUCCCUCAGUACGGAUGCCCUGUCUCAGCCUGCCCGUGUCCAUCCGAUGCCCAAAUUUGAAGUCCACCUCAAAAUUGCAGAUCUCAACAAUGUGCCACUCGUGUCUGGCGUGUCUAUGGUCAAGUGGCAUCUGCCAGGGAGCAUCCAUGGCGAGCAUCGCGGCCGUACCGACAAAUGUCCCAUCGUAAACCAUCGGGUCGAGUACGGCUACGCAAAGAUCUUCCCCGUGCGCAUCGCCAUCGAUCGCAACAAUAGCCUGUGCGAGUGCCCCAUUGAGUUUGAGGUUCAUCAGGAGUUCAGCGCAACCGGCGUUGCAGGAGCCGGUAGCCGCGACGAAAAGAUCACUCUCGGCAUCGUACGCCUGAACCUGAGUGAGUAUGUCGAGGAAAGCGAAGCUAUCCUGCGCGACACGGCCACCGCGGCCGCAAUCAAGGAGGCCCUGACUUCCUCGGGUCGUACCGAGAAACCCGGACACCAUCGCAGACGCAGUUCCGUGAGCGAGAGCACAAUACCAACCAUCGGAUCGGAUCCGAGCCCACGCUCCUCGCGAGACGAUGAUUCACCUCCGUCACUGCCGGCAACGGACGUUCAAGAUGGUGUAGUGCGGCGCUACCUUAUGCAGGACAGCAAGAUCAACUCAACGCUCAAGAUCAGUAUCUUGAUGGUUCAAGUUGACGGCGAUAAGAACUUUGUCGCCCCUCCUCCCAAAUCUGCCCCUGUCUUUGGCGGAAUCGCUGGUUUUGUCGCCAGCGACGCCUUCGAGCCCGUCGACGUCAACACUGUUACCCCCGGCCACGCACCGUCCUCAUUUAGUGGGAAAUACCGCGACUUGUCAGAAGCCCAAGACGUCUAUCGCCGAGCGCUGGCCGCCAGCUGGGCAAGUCAGCCGGGCGAACUACCCGCCGAUCAGUGUAUCGAGGAUAUUUUUGCCGGCGGCGAGGGUUUUCCGCCACCUCCUAAUCCAAAAACACACGGCCGGGGUCACUCGCGACACCACUUGUCCAUUGCGGGCCAUCUUCAUGGACAGGACCGCCCCCGUAAGUCGCGGGCGCGUCGUAACAGGCCACCAUCACGCAGAGAAGAUAGCGGCUCUGCUUCAGACGAUGAAGAUAACGGGACCGAUGUGAUGGGGACCGUACGAGCCCGCGAUUUUGUUAAUUUACGCAGACACAUGAGCAGCCAUAGCCUUGCCAGCGAGCGGAGUACCACCACGGUGGCUACCGUACUUGCUCGCGACCACAAUUCUGGGCCGGAUCGAGAAUCAAGCCACGAACGCCCACGCGGUGGUUUAGGGGCCGGUUUUUCUGCUUCAUCCUCCUCGCUCCAUCAGCGCGAGCCUUUCCCUCCAUUUCCGUCGUUCUUUCAGCACCGUCGCGAGGAGAGUAAGAUCACUUAUGGCGGGGGCCUAAGGAGUCGGACAGGGAGUUUGGCAAGCCUAGCGAAUACUGUUGGUAGUGACAAGGGGUAUGACUCUCGGGGGAGAGAUGGCUUCAAGCGAGCGAGAGAAGUGGAUGAAUUUGAGAUUCGGGAGGAUUUAAUCGCAUGGACUGUGCCAGGGGCAAUGGCGCAUCUCCGUUUCAUAGGCCACAUCCUGACCGAGCCUCACCAGUACUUCAAUGCCUAA